AACCGAACCCAUCACUCCACGGCGAAACAUCAGAAAUUUCAGUCACUUUUCUACCGCGGCUUCGCAGAGUUCAGUGCAUUUUUGAUUGAUUUUUCGCAGCAUCUUACGUGCCCGGAGUUUCUUAUUUUUUAGUUGAUAAAGUUUUGUGAAAUUUUAUUGUCAUCCGUUUAGUGUGUCUUCUGGAACUCUAAAAAAACAAUCAAAAUGUCGGAACCAAUUCGUGUGGUUGUGACCGGAGCUGCUGGCCAGAUUGCCUACUCGCUGCUGUACAUGAUCGCCAAGGGUGAUGUAUUCGGGCCGAAUCAGCGAUUGAUUUUGCAUUUGCUGGACAUCCCACCGAUGAUGGGUGUGCUCGAGGGCGUGGUCAUGGAACUGGCCGAUUGUGCCCUGCCCCUGCUGGCCGGUGUGGUCCCGACUGCCGAUCCAGCCGUCGGUUUCAAGGAUGUUGCCGCUGCCUUCCUGGUCGGUGCGAUGCCCCGUAAACAGGGCAUGGAACGCAAAGAUCUGCUCUCGGCCAAUGUGAAGAUCUUUAAGGUUCAGGGUGAAGCCCUCAACACUCACGCACGAAAGGAUGUGAAAGUGCUCGUUGUUGGAAAUCCAGCUAAUACGAACGCCUUGGUCUGCUCGCAUUAUGCCCCAUCGAUUCCGAAGGAGAAUUUCACCGCCAUGACCCGGUUGGAUCAGAACCGUGCCCAGGCUCAGAUUGCCGCUCGUCUCGGUGUUGGCAUUGCUCAAGUGAAGAAUGUUAUCAUCUGGGGCAACCAUUCGUCGACCCAGUACCCGGAUGCCAAGAAUGCUACAGUUGAACAGGGCGGAGCCAAGAAGAAUGUCACUGACGCUAUCGCCAACAAUGAAUAUCUGAACGGCGAAUUCGUUGAAACAGUACAAAAGCGUGGUGCCGCCGUCAUCAAUGCUCGAAAAAUGUCAUCGGCAAUGUCGGCGGCCAAGGCGGCUAGUGACCAUAUGCGUGAUUGGUUUGCCGGCACCAAGGAUGGAGAGUUCGUUUCCAUGGGUGUUGUUUCCGAUGGCAGCUACGGCACUCCGAAGGACAUUGUCUUUUCCUUCCCAGUGGAAAUCAAAAACGGCCAAUGGAAAAUCGUUCAAGGUUUGUCCGUCGAUGCCUUCGCUCGGGAGAAACUUGACGUGACGGCCAAGGAACUGCUCGAAGAGAAAGAAGAAGCCAUGUCCGUCUGUGCAGCGGAUUGACUAACUAAACUGUAAAACAGAACAUUUGUUGAAAUAUGAUAGACAAAACAUGAAAGUAGUAGAGAUAUUAUUCAUAGGUUGUCUGUUUAGUUUCUCUUUCAAAAGUUUUGUUUUACCAUGCACAUUGUGAAUCACGUGAAUAAAAAGUCUAGCGAGUGGCUGAAGUUUAACCAAUCGAAGCGAAUUAUGCACUUAUAGUAAAUUAUAGAGCACACCUCAACAACAAAAGCCGUACGCGAGCAUUUAUUAUUGAAAAUGUAUUCAAUUAGCAUUUUGUUUUUUGUUUUCAAUAAAACCUGAUUGAAUUGCACUAA